AUGCCGAAGGCGGUGAAGGAGGACGCGGUCACCCACCGGGUCGGGACUGUGGCAGGGGUGAUGUUUCGCUUGCAUGUUUUGUACGCCCCUGGUGGAGUGGCAGAGCGAACGGCGAUCCUCAAGCAGUUUGAGGGCCAUGCGGGCGGGGAGAAUGUGACGGAGGUCAUAGCGGCCUUGAGGAAGUGGCGAAGGAACCUCACCAGGGCCAUUGAGAUGGGCGUGUCCCCACCAGAUGCCAGUGUUCUGCUCCGUGGGAUAGAGAUGAUCAUUGGUGGGGCCCUGAAACGGCUGCCAGACACCAGCUUUCGGCUGGCUUUAGCCAGGAAUGAGCUGCAGCUGCAAAACAGGCCCACUCAGGACACGGUGCUUCGCUACUUCGACCACGCCCUUGCCGAGCUACAGCAAUCAGCCCCUUCACGAGCCUUGAGGGCGCCAGGUGGAGGAGAUGAUCCUCCCAAGCUACGUGCAGCGGAUGCUCAGGCAGGAACGGGAGGUACGACAACAAGGACCCCCCCUGGAUCUCCGACGAAGCAGGGGCAGCGACAAGGAUGCAAGUUUUUCUUGUCGGACCAAGGCUGUCGCCGUGGUGCUGGGUGUAAAUAUGCGCAUGAGUUUGCCAGCAAGGAUGAGAAGCGGUCAAGAUGUUGGUUUUGUGGUUCAAAGCAACAUCGCCAGUCUGAGUGCCCCGUUAAGGACCCCACGAAGGCGAAGGGCACAGGAAGUGGACCUACGGCUUCCUCCGCUUCUAUGUCUCCUCAGGCGACUACUACAGUGGCGGCAGCAACCGCCCCGGAACCCAAGGCUAUGAUGGCCCCGUAUGGGAACGCGGCAAGUUCUACUAUGUCGACUACCUGUUCCGAGGGCCCUGUGGUGCAAGCGGAACCGGUUCAAGCUUUCACGCCUGAGGUGAUGCAGAGUCCUGAGCUACAGAACUUCGUGAAGGAGGUGAACACCAUGUUGCAGAGAAUGUCGGCGCUGAGGGCCAUGAGAGUUCGAGAACCGAUUGCUCCCGAGAUGGCCAAGAUGGAGAAGAGUUUGGAGGCUUUCGAGCUUCCCGAGGAGCCCUGGGCCCUGCUUGACUCCGGCGCCACGCACCCGUUCAAGAAUGUGACACCAAGGGAUGAGGACCAGACGCUUCCGGUUCAGGUCACUUUGGCAGACGGCAACAAAGUGGUUCUACAGCAGAACAGAGCAGGCACCCUGAUGCCGGCAAAGGGUUCCUCUAUGGCGAGCGGGGUGGCCACCACCACCAUCGUGCCCCUCGGCACACUGGUUCGGGAACUUGGAUGCACGGUGUCGUGGGAUCGUCAUGGCUUGAAGGUCAAGCAUCCGGAGCACGGGGUGAUCACCACCCAUGUUGCUGGCUCAUGCCCCUUCAUUGGCGAAACAAAGGCCCUGCAGUUGAUAGAGGAGAUCGAAGCGCGGAAGCUAGAGCAGCUCAAGGUGAAGACUGUGGAGUCGCAGUUGAAGAUGAGGGGCAUUGAGGCUACGGUGAGUUUCGAGGCCCAGCUUCACGAGUACAGGCGCACCGGCAAAAGAGCAGAUGGUCUUCAAGCCCUGUUGUGCGAGGACUCGGUGUUUGGGGUGAUGACAGAAGCUCAGCGUUGUUCCUUGAUUCAGGAUGUCGACCUCAGCGACAAGGCCGGGCACAAGUACCUCAAGGCUUUGCCAGUGAAGAGAGCUAUGAGAAGACGCUUGAUGACCUCUAGGUGGAUGGUUCACUUGUACUCUGGCGAGGCUACCGGUGAUGGCUCGGGUUUCAAGGUUCUCGAAGAAGAGGGAGUUACUUUGUUGGAGAUUGACAUUGGCAUCAGUCGCUCCUACAACAUGCGAGAGCCGGGCCCAGUGUAUCAGGCUUUGCUUUGGGCGGCUAUGCGAGGCCAAGUACAUGGAGUGUUUGGAGGUCCUCCGCGAGCAGAGGGCACGGGCGACUUGGUGAUGAAGCAGAUGUUCAUUUGGACCCUUGCUAGGUUGGCCGCUGAGAGCUAUGAGAUUGCGAGCCCGGGUUUUGCGAUGUGCAUGCCAACCAAAAGUGAACUAUGGAGCUCGAAGCUGUGGUCGUCGUUUAGAAGGGAGUAUGGUGUGAACCUGAAGAGGGGAGAGCCAGGGAUUUCCGUCGCUACCACACUGGAGAUUGAGCUACCUGAAGGACCCUGGGAACGACUACAUCCAAAUGGGGCAUUGACGUGGACUAUGGAUUUCAAGGAGGCCCUGAUCAAGAGUUUUCAACGAUGGCGGUCUGUUGUUCAUUUGCGUCGCAUGAAUGGACCUCUGAAAGAGAUGACCAAGGAGGAGCUGGCUAAGUGGAUUCAACAUGUAAGGGAUGGUCAUCUACCCUUCCAUCGGCGGUGCAAGACAUGUGUGGCGGCAAAGGCCACGGGACAUGCUCAUAGACGGAUUGAGGCACCAUCAUGCUUCACGAUGUCUUUAGAUGUUUGUGGACCGUUCCGAGUACGAGGCCACACUCCGGAGGCCAAAGACUUCAAGUACAUGUUGGUUGCUUCAUAUACCAUGCCACGGUUGAAGGAAGGAAGACUCCCGGAACAAGAUGUGAUCAUCAAUGAGCCAGAGGGUGGGAUUGGAGAAAUAGAUCCAGGCGAAGUUCUACCAGAUGGUCCAGUCCCUGAAGUUCCAGGCGAAGUUCUACCAGAUGGUCCAGUCCUUGAAGUUCCAGGCGAAGUUCUAGCAGAUGGUCCGGCACCUGAUCUAGAAGGUCUGUUUGAAGAAGAAGAAGUUUUAGAGGAUCCGAUGCCGAGUCGAGCAGAACAGGAUGAGAUGGAUCAACAGAACCAAGAGUACAAAGAACUGGUUGCCGAAAUUGGUGAGACGAUGGACUACCAGGUCCUACGUUUUGCGGUGCCCAUGAGAAGCCGAAGAGCAGCUGAGGUGAACCAGAGGGUCAGACAGCUUUACCUGCAGAUUCGGAGUGAGGGUUUGGAGGUGCUGAGGUGUCACAGUGAUCGUGCCCGUGAGCUGUGUAACUCUCGUCUACGUGCAUGGCUGAACGAGAGAGGCGUGCUGUGUACAACUGGAGAAGCUCAGUCGCCCCAGCAAAAUGGCAGGGCGGAGGCAACAGUUCGCUUUGUGAAGUCCGAAGCCAAGGCCCUUUUGACCGCUUCUGGGUUGGGUAAAGAAAACUGGCCUUUAGCAAUGAGGUAUGCAGUUUAUCGUCAACGACUACAAGCACUGAACAAAGACGAGACCCUCCCGCCUUUUGGUUGUCCCGUACAUGUUCGCACCAAGAUCUACGGACAAGCGGAGCGCUACGACUUGGACAACAAAUGGAGCCAUGGAGUGUACACUGGGCCGUCGGAAGACGUGGCCCAUGGACAUGUGGUGAAGUUCGAGGACAACACUUUCGUGACGAGUCAGCACCUCAAGACGAACAUUGUGGACCCGGACGCCUUAGUGGAUUUGGAGCCGAGAGAAGUUGAAAUACCGAUACCAGAAAGGCGUGUUCGGACAAAGACCCGGUUGGCUUCUAUGUCUACGGCGCACCCGCUGAACGUUGAGGAAGAGCGCGCCGAGGCCUUUGCUCGAGACCUAUGCCGUUCCGGUCAAGGAACCCCAGAGGAGAUUAUGCAGUUGUUUGGCUUGCUAAAGAAUGUCAAGGUGAAGCAAAAGCGAGGACGGGCGGCUGCUAAGAAGGGGUGUUCUUGGACAACGGGAAUGUUCGUGCACGGCGGUGUUGCGGGCCUUCGGGGGAAUACGUCACGCAUGAAGUGGUGUACCAAGUUUCUUGUGAACGCGGCGAAAACACUAUGUGCUGGCCACGAGUUUGCAGCGGUGGGCUUGCUUGAGAACGUGGACAUGGGUUGCCAUAAGGACUCUCACAGUGAGGCCGAGAAACCCACCAGCGGUGGCCAACUUUGGAUUGAAGAUGAAUCCUUAUCUCCUCGAGAUGCUGAGUGGAAGCAGGUUGCCAAGAAGCUUUCCAAGAAGGGUGCUGUUCAUGAGUUAGAGGACCGCGAUCGUAUGGAGUUUGCUGGAUUCCCGUUGAAUCACCUGGUUUCUGGGGAGGCUGAAAACCAAGUCGGAGGAGUUCGAGCUAAAGAAGCCCAGACCACUGCUGAACUUCACCUACUACAAUCACUUCCUCAUGAUGGUCAAGGAACCUUAGAUGAUGCGUUGUUGACUUUGACGGAGGACCAGCAGCAGCUCAUUGAUGAUUUGGAAGCAAAGUCGACGAGGCUCCGUUUGCUACUUGAGGAGGAGGAGGCCUUGUUGGAAGAGUGUCGCAGAGCAGGAAGUUUGGUGGGAGAUGAAGUUGAGAAUGUGCGAGGGAUCUUGGAGGACAUGAUGGAGGAAAUCACCACCCUUCGCGGAGUACAAGGGCAAGUUCAACAUGGACAUUGUCUUCGAGCAGCAGCAGUGGCACAAAACGAGAUUGACUACGAGCGCAUGCUUGAAGAGAUGACGGGAGACCUGGAGGUGGUGCACACGGUGCCAUUGGAUCAAGUUCGAGCAGCCCUUCCAAAGUGGUUGACCGCGAUUGAAAAGGAGAUCAAACAGCUCCUGAACGGCACCCUCCGCCCUAUUUAUGCGUCCCAGGCAAAGGAGCUUGAGAGGCAAGGGAAGCUGAAGCUUGUGCCGUCCAAGGCCGUUUGCACUUUGAAACCUCCGACCUCCAAAGGUGAGAAAGCUCGACGCCGUUUCAGGCUUGUUCUAUCUGGAAACUUUGCGGCCCCAGAUGACCCUAACUACUGCUUGUAUGCUGGCGGUGUCUCUGCGGAGACGGUCAGGGUUGCUCUCGCCAUCGCGGCGGCUUUCAAGUGGCUGGGAGCUACGUCUGAUAUUACGGCUGCCUUUCUCUUAGCAGAGUGGCCUAAGGAGCUGGCUCGGUAUGCGAUUUUCCCUCCUCGGAUGUUGGUGGAAGCAGGAUUCAUCAAUGCUGACCAGGUGUGGGAGGUUCUUAAACCACUUUACGGUCUCAGAGAGUCGCCGUCCAUUUGGAGCAAGUGCAGAUCAGCUAGAUUGGCAUCGGCGAAGAUUCCGUGGGGAGACAAGAUCGUGACGCUUAAACCAUGUGAUGCUGACCACGAUUUGUGGCUGGCCUACACCCAAGAUGACCCCCUAACGUUGGUGGGAAUGGUUGUGACCUAUGUGGAUGACCUCCUCUAUCUCUCUGAAGAGUCCUUGGUGAUUGCAAUCCACAAAUGGGUUGAAAGUGAGUGGCCUUGUAGUCCUCUGGAAUGGGCAAGGGACGCUACUGGAACUCGCUACCUCGGGAUGGAGAUUUACCAGCGGGACAAUGGCAACUUUGAGAUCUCUCAGGAAGGCUAUGUGAAAGAGCUGCUGAGAAGUCAUGGUUUGAUGGAGACCGUCUCCUCUCGAUUGCCGUGCCCGAAGGACUGGUUAGCAGAAGGAGAGGACAAUGAUGCCGAUGAGAACUUUUCUGCAGAAGAACUCAAGUUUGCUCAGCGAGUGGUGGGUGAACAGCUCUGGCUUGCUAUGCGAACUCGUCCGGACCUACAGUUUCCUGUGGGCUUUAUGGCGGCUAAGGUCAGUAAGCAGCCAAACCGAGUGGCUCAAAUAGGACGAAAAAUCCUCGCCUACCUCAACACCACGAAAGCCUUGAAGCUCAUUUUGGGACCCAACCAGCAGGAGGAAGCAGCAAAGGGCACGGUGGCAGUGACUGGAUAUUCCGACGCGAGUUUUUCACCGUAUGGCGAGAAGUCGUAUGGUGCCAGUGUCGUGACGGUGAUGAACAGUCCAGUCGCUUGGAAAGCUUCCAAGCAAGCUUUCGUUACCUUGUCGGUAAUGGAAGCAGAGCUGUACGAGGCCCUGAAUGCCGUGGUUCUCCUUGAAAGUGUGGGAAGCAUUGUGGAUGAAGUUUUGGGCUACAGGGCGCGCAGGACUCUCAGAGUGGACAACUCCUCGGCAGUGGCAAUGCUGGAGGGUGGACCAGGGAGUUGGCGGACGCGACAUUUGAAGGUCAGAAGCGCCAAACUGAGGGAUCAGGUUGAGGCAGGAGACCUACACGUCGAACAUGUUACAGGCGACCGGCAGAUUGCGGAUCUGGCUACAAAGAUGCAUCCGAAGAUGAGGCUGUGGGAGCUCCUUACGUUGUGGGGCUUCAAGGAUUUGCCAAGCGAAGCGGUGGAGGCCCUAGAAGCCAAGAGUGCCUAUCUGGCGAUGUUGGUGCUUGCUUUCAUCGUGUCUCCGGUGGAACCUGGAGACGAGAUUGGAGAGAAGAGCAGACUUCAGUCCGUGGGCAUCGAUGAGCUAGUGAUGGUUACCUUGCUGGUGUGCAUUGCUGCAGUGGCCCUGUGGGAAACAGCCAAGUGGAUCUUCAAAUGGAUGGUCAGAUUCUGCCGGGAGACCCCAAAGCAGAAGCGCUUGAGGAAGUUGAGAGAGACCGCUAAACAAGCGGCCGAGGAGGAGGUGGACCGUGUUUUUUCCACCAGACCAGAAGAGACCCCUAGAUUCCCCUCCUCAGCAAUGGCCUCAAGCUCCGCUUCAUCGAGCCAUGAUCUACCUCCUGAACCGCAUCCGAUUCCACGACCUCGCGUGAAUAAGAGAAUCAUCGAUCCCACUCCGGAACCGAUGUCUCGAGGCGAAGAGUUUGAACUCCUCCCGGAGAAGAGCUACUACAAGACUAAUUCUACGAGGUCAAAGAUGCACACGGAUCCGCAUUGUCAUGGCUUGCGAAACUCUGGUGAUGUGUAUGCAGUUGAGUACUGUACGUAUUGCCAACGGACCACACCGCUGUACACAAGAAGGAGUCGAUCCCUUCAGCCAGCCCGCGAGAUCGUAUUAGUGGGCUACGUGGAACCUCUGUGUGUGCGAGGAGUGUUGCAUGUCAAUUAA